CCCACGCCUAAAAGAGAGAGAAGCAACGGGAUGUUGUGGAGAAAACGCGAAUUUUGAACGAACAGGUCUCUGGGGCUCAGUUUUCUCGCCAGGUGAUAGUGGGCCUGAACCCAGGACAUCAUUUCCCACAAUACAUAGGGACGAAAGACCCUAGCUCAUUGGGAGAGAGUCUCUGAACUACAUCUCCCAGAGGGCUGUGCAUGAGACUGGAAAGAUCGUGUAAUUUUAUUGGUAGUGCUUACACCAUUUGAAGCGGGAGGUUUUUUUAACUACUACUGCUUUUCUAGGGAACCCCACGGUUAAACAAAGGAGUGGGCCAGUUUCUUCACUCCGACUCCUGGAAACUCUCCAAAUGAUGUGACUAUUCCUGGUCCACUUCCUAAAGCGCAAGUAAACUCUUGUCGCCUCCCUAACUCAAAAACAGAGGCUCCCUAUCACCUCCAGGAGCAAAUACACAAAAAAGUUCUGUUUGGCGUUCAAAACCCUUCUUUAUCUAUCUCCGUCCUACCUCUUCACUGUUCUUACUCCAAAAUCCCCAACACGUAUUCUUCGAUCCAGUGACACUGGCUGUUCAACGAACAAGACAUUACAUCUCUUGAGUAGAGAGUUUUCUCUGGCUGUAGCCCAUGCCUGGAAGGCUCUCUCCUCCACUCCUAUUACUGACCUCUCUUGGCUUCCUUUAAGCCCUAACUAAAAACCUAUCUUCUACAGGUAGCCUUCUCAAGCCCUCUUCAUUCUCUCUCUUAUUUCCCCCUCUCUCCGACCCCAUUUAUCCUGUAUGUAGCUUUUUAAAAAAUCUUUGUCAGCUUGUCUCUAUAGAUUGUGAGCCCAUUUAGACAGCAGGGGCUAAAUUUUGCUUCAUUUUGUCUCUCCAGUGCUUAUCGCAGGUCCUGGCUCAUAGCAGGCGCAUAAUUCAUAUUUAUUGACUGACCUUGAGAUUCCAGAGCCUAGAUGUAUGUGCGUGUGUGGCUUCUACGGACUAGCAAGAGAGCGUUUACCUGAAAUGAAGGUUUGAGCCAGGAGCUGAGAAAUCAAUCACCCCUAAAACUGCAUCAUUUCAGGAGGAUCGAAGUUGCUCCUGGCCUUUAAAAGGGACGCAUGCGCAUUCGUGACCGCCGAAGCGUUCAGGAAGUCGGACUGCCAGCUUCCUCUCCCCGGUUCCAGGAAAAGGCACCUGUGCUACCUAGGACAGCUUUGGAGGGAAAAGCCAAGGACACCAGUCCUGGCUACCUCAUGGGACUGUUAUGAAGUUCAAGCAAAUAUGCAUGUGCUCUUUGAAAACUUAAUUCAUCAUCUACAUGGUAAGGUGACCUGGAGGAAACCCUGCCUGGUAGAACUUGGGAUUUGUACCAUUAUCAUAUGGCUGUACCACAGAAUAUAAAUGAAACUUCACAUUUACCACCUCUGAGCAAUGGCUGUGAUGAACAGUCAAGACUCUCCGUUGGGCUGGGAGUAUUAGAUUUUGUAUAUCGCCAGGAGGAGCUGAGAGUGAAAGGGAUACAAUGGCAGACUAGUGAAUCUGGUGAACUGUGUCCCCCUUUGCUGUCUCGUUUUGAUUGUGCCCUCCAGUCAUCCUGGAAACAACGGAUGGAACAAGGAUUGUUUCGUUACUGCCUUGGGGACCUGCAGACCCAAAUCCUACCUGGCCCUCUGGGUUUUGUGGCUCAACUGAAUGUGGAGCGAGGUGUACAGAGAAGACCCCCCCAGAACAUCCAGAGUGUGAGGCAGGCAUUUGACCCUCAGCAGUUCCAUUUCAAUAAGAUCCAACCAGGAGAAAUCCUCUUCCACCUGUGCAGAGAUCCAGGCUUUCCAAUGGCUCUCCAGUGCACUGAGGUCCUGGUAAUUAUCAAUGUCAGUCCCUUGGAAUGGGGACAUGUGCUUUUUGUGCCAGAGCCCACCCAAGGGCUACCACAGAUCCUCAUGCCAGGCCCAUUACAAUUUGGUAUAGAGGCUGUCAUGCUUAGCACUCACCCAGGCUUCCGUGUGGGUUUCAACAGCCUGGGUGGCUUGGCUUCUGUCAACCACUUACAUCUGCAUGGGUACUAUCUAGCCCACAAACUGCCAGUAGAGAUAGCUCCAAGCCAGCCACUAGAUCCCAGUGGUCAUAUCCACUUACUAGAAGGACUCCCAGCUCCUGGCUUCCUAUUUUACAUUGAUGAGCCAGGACCAAAGUUGGAGGCAUUGGUAGGCAGAGUCUGUCAAGUCACCAAUUACCUGGCUGACCAGGAGAUUGCACAUAACUUAUUUGUGACCCGAGGGGCCCCGCCUGGAAACCCACCAUCCUCAUUGACCUAUUCUGGUAUCCGGGUCAUCCUUUGGGCCCGGAAGUCCAGAUUUGGAGUUAAGGAAGGGGAGGCUUUCAAUGUGGCACUGUGUGAACUGGCAGGGCACCUUCCUGUUAAAACUUCCCAGGAUUUCCACAGUUUGACUGAAACUUCAGCUGUGAAUCUCAUUCAGCAAUCUCUCCUGCCUCCAUCUCAGUUUUUACAACUUCAAGAAGCUCUGGUGUCCCUCCUGAAAUACUGCAGAAUCUACAAAAAAUAUGGAGACUACUGUCAGCAAAACCAGUGAAUCAGAGGAAGACUAUGGCGAGGAAGAGGAGUCAGAGGAGGAAAGUGUUAAAAAGGCUACAGACCCCUCUAAUGCUUCGCAACAGAGC